CCGGGUCGCUCGCAGACGUAUUCCCCUCGCGCGCCACGCUCGCUCUCCCUGAUUGUCCUUGUGUGCUUUGUUGGAAUCCCCUUCCUCUUGGCUCCCUAGGCACAUAUACACAUAGACACUCUCUAAAUUGUUUGUGAGCUGCUGUGCUGUCGACAUUGGCCUGCUGCAUCUUUCGUACGGAAGAUAUCGCAUAACACAUCUGCCAUCACCACAAGACCAAUCGUCAUAACGCUGUUCGAGACUAAACAGCUUGAGAUCACAUGAUGGCAUUGGAAACAAAGAUGACGCCAAACUUCUCCAAUUUGUUGCAAACCCAACACCGUGGAUACGCCCAAAUGCUUCAAACAUUCGAUGGACGUGUGCAGGAGCACGAGGCGCUCACUGGGGUGCAUCCCAUAACCGGCAAGACUACCAACAAACGCAAGCGGGGCGAGACUUCGAUGGUGGGCUCGCCCAUGAACGCAUUCGAAGAAACAUUGAUUGCAUGUUGCGACGCCUCAAACGUCCUACGCGACAAUGUCGCAACGGAGCGCUUCUUGCCACUCCUGAAUCAAGCCAAGACGGAAUCGGACCAAGCCAAGCUCUUGUGUGUCCUCGCCGCGACCGCGAAGGUGCCCGAACGCUUGAGUUCCGUGGACCAGUUUGAAUCGUUUGGCGGUGUCAAGGUGGCGCGGCAGUGGCUGGACAAAGCCGUGUCGUACCGUCAAACGUCGCUGCUGCAUUUCAUUUUGGUGACGCUCAAGGAGCUUCCACUGCAGCUGUCAAGCAUCACGGACGCCAAAAUCAACGAGCCGGUAGUGCAACUCCGCAAAACUGCGACGAAUGAGCACGUGAAGCGCGCUGCGCAGGACUUGCUCAAACACUGGAAGACUACGUUUACCGAAAAACCUGCGCCCAUCGCGAAAGAGUCGACAAGCCCUCCAUCGAAGGGCGGGGCUAAGGCGAAGGCUGCCGCGGGUGGCGGCGACCUCCUCGGCAAGCUCUUGCUGAAAAAGCAAGAGGCAAAUAAAGUGAUCAACAAACCAAAAGACUCGUUUGUGACGAAAAUGGUACAAAACUCCCAGCAAUUGAAAAAAGACGCCGCUGCGGCGGCGGCAGCGGCCCCCGCCGUGUCGUCGCCUGUCGCACUGCCCACGAUCGCCCGCUUCGACCAAGUACAAAGCCAGCUGCCAUCCGCGGCCCCCAGCAGCCGUCGCAUCAAGUGGGCCGACGAACACGGCUCAGAACUGACCAAAAUCAAGUUGAUCGAGUCGUGGCGUGACCUUAUCAUGCACAACGAGAAGGAUGACCCGUCAAGCCCCAUGGUCACCGGCGGCACAUUCAAAGAUGCAAAACUGCGCGAACACGCCAACGAGAAAUUUGCUCUUCAAAACAAGCACAAGGAAGAGUCGUCGAGGAGCCGGGCGGUCGCAAUACCGACAGUGUCAUGGCGCACACCCCCGACAUUGCAGCUCCCUGAAGGUGUUACACCCCGAUUCACUGAAGAGACCAACGAAACCAUGGCCCAGACAAACCGCACGCGAAAAGACAUGGAGUGGAUGAUCCUGGGCGACGAAGUGCCGCCUCCGAACCCCCAAGAGUGGGUCCGUACGCCAGCAGAACUUUCACUUGGCCCCACCGCCACCAUUCCUCUCUCAGACCCCAACGAGAUGCCCCAGCCGGUUGCUUCCCCCCCUUCGGUGGUGUCAUCGAUUCAAAGCGCCAACGAAGCGUCCCUUCUUCAGGCACUUGGGCCCCUAGAAAAGUCGACGCUGUCUCUCCUCUCGUCUGCCAGUGACGUCGCGAUGACCCAAGUCUUCGCCGAAGCCCAACGCAAUGGCCGUCGCAUCUCGGACGCUCGGGUGGUGGACAUUUUGAACCAAUAUCGACGAGGCACGCCACCGCUCUUAUCCAACCCCCCACCGCACAAUGCAUCAAGACUACCCCCGAACGCAUCGGCGCCGCCGCACGUGUCGGCUCCCAGCCAGUUGAAUGCACCGCCUCUUUUGUCAAAUCCUGGGUAUGUGGGCGGUCGGGACGGCCCAAGUGGCCCACCACCUUAUGGAGGCAAUGGUGGAGGUGGCUACGGACCGCCAUCUUCUUCCAACUCUGGAGGCGGGGGCUAUGGACCCCCUGGUGCCAACAACAAUGGAUUCAAUACCCCCAAUUCCGGUGCGCCAUUUAAUGGCCCGUAUAAGCCCCCGCCUUCCACUUACGGCGCCCCUCCCCCACAGUCGUUCAACGCCCCGAACAAUGGCUACAACGCUCCCCAUGGUGGCGGAUACGGUGGAUACCAAGAUCGGGGGGCGCGAGAUAGCGGCUACUUGGGCGAAGGCUAUGGCUAUGGUGCUGGCGGUGGUUACCCAGACGAACACCGGUACAGCGACCCGAGUCAACGGUACGCUGACGACGGUCCCCGAUUCAACAAGCGCAAUCCACACGAGAGUGGAAUGCCAGACAUGUCAUACCCGUCGAAACGCCCUGCAUUUGCCCUUCCUCAUGGUGGCGGCGGUGGUCCUGGCAGCUACAAGUACAAGCAAGUGCCGUGCAUCUACUUCAACUCCCCCGCUGGGUGCGGAAAGGGUGAGGCGUGUACAUUUAUCCACGAUGAAGAUGCCCGUGGGGCUGGGGGAGUGGCGGCGUCGAAAUAUGCCCCACGUGGUGGCCACGGUCCCCCUCCCUUUAAGGGGGGAGGUCCCAAGCCGAACUACUACGGAGGAGGCGGCGGCCGCGGCGGCGCGUUCCGAUGAGUUGUCGAGUUUCCGUGCUAUUUAACUGUCCAAAUUUAGACUAGUGGAUCCAUUGCACGACAUACGGAAACGCCGAAAUUCAACAAAAACAAGAAAAAUGAUACAUUUGUCGACUUGGUUUAUACUCUGAUUUGUAUUGGAACGAUGUUCACACUAAUAUAAUAUAUUCA